AUGACAGGUGUCCUCACCCUGAGCUCAGAUCCGGACAGCCGCUUCCCUGAUCCUUCCUCCCCGGGCCCCGCAGUCCCGGGCGCCCAGGCUGCACUGCCCCACACCCCCAGCCUGCCCCUAGGCUUAGCCACCAACAACCCCGGAGGACCGCGCUCAACAGCGGCGGCCAGGGCGCCGCCCGCGCGGCCCCGGCUGCGCCACCGCCCGGGAUCGUGCGAGCGCGGCGAGGCCGCCCUCCUCGGCGCCUCCGGGUGGGGCGGGCCGAGCCCGGGGCGCUAUCCCUUUAAGCCCAGGCGAGAUGGGAGGUGUCAGCGGCAGCCGAGGCUAGCGCGGGACGUCGCCGCCCGCCAGGCCGGAGCGAGGAGCCGCGGAGCGAGCGGAGAGGGCGGCGAGGCCGUGGCGCGGCGGGUCCCCUCGCCGCCCACUGAGCGCUCGAACCCUGGGUCCGGCGAGGGGCGGGCGGCGCCCAGUGUAAUGCGGAGAAUUCCAGAAGCGGACGCAGGGCUAUUCCGCAGGCCCCGCGGGCCGCGGCAAGGGGCCCUGUGUGAGCGCCCCAGGAGGGCGAGAGUCGAGAGUGCGGAGCCCGGUGUGCGGCGGCGGGGGUGUGUGCUUGUCCGAGUGUGCCUGUGUGUGCGCGAGUGUGAGCGCCCAGGUGGGUGGGAGCGCGCGUUAGGGAUUCUGCUGGCAUCGCAGCGUGGAGAGCAGGAGGUAGAAGCGGGGCGCGCAGGGGAGCGCAGGGCCCUCCUGUGCACACGCACACGCCGCGCGCGUGCACACAUACACGCACACGCCCUCCCUGCCUCGCUCGUUGCCGCUGCCACCAUCUCGGAGCCGAGCCCUGCGGAGCGGGAACCUGAGCCGGAGCCAGAACCAGAGCUGAGCCAAGCAAGGGAAUGCGGCCCCGGAGGGGAGCCGCGCGCGGACUGCGCGCCCGGGACGCCUCCUGCGCCCACAGGCCCUGAGGCUCAGCUGCCCACGGGCAAAGAGGGCGCCGCAGUCAAACCCAGGCUGACCCCCAGCCCAGCUGCACUCUCCAGACGCCUGCCCGACCUGAGGUGUCCCGCUGAAGAGCGCCUGAGCCCACUCGUGCCCCGUGAGGGAUCCCACAGCCAUGUCCUGGCUGCCUUGAGUCUGUGGGGCCAUACAGCCUCCCGUCCGCAUCUCCAGGGCUCUGGCCCUGUCCAGCCCCUGGACCAGCUCCCAAGCCUACUCCUCACCCCAGCCUGGGCCGAGGGGACUCCUCAAGCUUCAGGACUCAGCGGGGCACAGUAG